UCUUCACCUUGCAGUUCGACAACAACGCAAAGCUCGCAAAACCUCCAGACCUUCCUGAAAUAGCCACUAGCUAGCUGCUCACCGAGAUCGCUGAUCUUACUCUUAGUCUCAGCCCUUUCCAAGAACAAGACUCGCCAAUUUCUAUAGCUAGCUAGGUCGCGGCCGUAGCGCUCGAUCCAAACCGAACUGAUGGAGUUUGACCUGCUGAAUUACAGCCCGGAAGCGCAGCUUGAGAUGAUGGACAUGAUGCUUGAGCUCGAGCAGCUCACUGCGCUCGACCAGUCUCUGAUGGCGCCUAUCUCGCCGCCGAUAUCCCCCAUGCAAACCCCUGCAGCUCACUGCUUCUCGCCUCCACCAUACAUGCCGACUACCACGACCAGCACCGGUUACCCGGACCAGUACACCCCGCCAGCCGUGUACCCCGCCACCAGCCCCGAGCCCCAAGAUUACAUGCUGUCCCCGGGCGCUGACGCCGGCAGCGGGCAGCUGGGAUCGCCGUCGUCGGCGGACGCCAUGCGGGAGAUGAUCUUCCACAUCGCGGCGCUACAGCCGGUGGAGAUCGACCCGGAGGCGGUGCGCCCCCCGAAGCGGCGCAACGUGCGCAUCUCCAAGGACCCGCAGAGCGUGGCGGCGCGGCUGCGGCGGGAGCGCAUCAGCGAGCGCAUCCGCACUCUGCAGCGGCUCGUCCCGGGCGGCACCAAGAUGGACACGGCAUCCAUGCUGGACGAGGCCAUCCACUACGUUAAGUUCCUCAAGUCCCAGGUGCAGUCCCUCGAGCGCGCCGCGGCCGCGACCGCCGCCGCCGCCUCCCACCGCGCGGCCGCGCUCGGCGCCGCCUACCCGGCCCUCAACGCGCCGUGGCAGUACGCGCUUCCGCACGGUGGCAUGUAACAGACGUCUCAUAUAUUGCCGUCGCGCGCGCGUCGUCGGUCGCCCCGGUGGCUUCGAUUCUUCGACCGGUGGUCUCUGCUGCUGCUGCUGCUGCUGCUGCUCCAGUCGGCGUACUGUUGAGUGUUGUGCGCAUGAUCACAUGCGUGUGUAAAGAUGUAGGAGCCUUGAUACGCUUAUUGUUGUAUCCGCAUACGACGUGGUUGCUCCAAGCUUUUGUUGGACUCGCAAUCCGUGCAUGCGCGUACGUACGUACGUACCCACGUAGGCAGUACAUUUCUUUGUACCUUUUUAUCCAUGCAUGCAGUGCUUCAUUUUCGAUUACU